AUGUUAUGUGGUGGAAUUGGUUUUGAUUCGUCCUCGUCGCAAUGCACCAUAUCUGGGAGAGCCCAAAGCCAAAACGCUAAGACCUGCCCCAGCUGUUCGUUUUACCACAAACAAUGUGGAAUAGAUUGCAACCUAAAUUACACCGACUACUUGACCAAUGAAAUUGCCAAUCCGUUUUACGCAACUCUUACCGUAUCCAGUUUCGACCCCUGUUUGGCUGCAUGCACUUCCGACAUUCAGUGCCUGGGAGUUGGCUAUGAUUCCUCUUUGACAACGGCACAGUGCCUGUUAUCAGAAAACAACUUUCCAGUGACUGUAUCUUGUAAAACGUGUAGAUUCUCUAGUAAAUCAUGUGAUAACAGCGGAUCUGUUGUAGUCAAUCCGACAACAAUGCCACAAACGACAUCAAAUGAUGUCACAACCAAAAACAGCAAUACGUCACCAAAUGACGCCACAACUCAAUACAGCAUUACGUCACCAAAUGGUGUGACAACAACAGAUAGCAACACGAUACCUAUUGAUGUCACUCAAUAUAUUAAAACUUCACCAAAUGAUGUCACAACCAAAAACAGCGAUACGUCACAAAAUAUUGGCACAACCAAUAAUACCAAUGCCUCACUAGCUGAUUCGACAACUUUAAACAGCAAUACGUCACAAAAUGAUGCAACGAUCCAAAAUAGCAGUACGUCGUCAAAUAAUGUCACUUACCAAGAUAGCAAUACGUCACUAAAUGAUGAAACAACCAAAACUAGCUUUACGUCAACCAGUGAUCUGACACCUAAUGUAAGCAACACGUUACAAAAUGAUGACACUACACCAACAGGUGUCGCGUCACCGAAAUAUGUCGAAACUGACUUGAUCUAUAUGUCAACAAAUGAUGUCACAAACAAAAUAAGCAACACGUUACCAAACGGUUUAGCAACAAAAAAUAACAGUAUGGCAGCAAUUAAUGUCACAACCCAAAAUACAGAUACAUCGCCAAAUAAUAUCAGCAUUACCUCAUUAAAUGAUGGCCCAACUCAAUUUAGUAAUUUGCUACCAAGUGAUGUCACAAUUCAAUAUAGCAAUACUUCGCCAAAUGCUAUAACAACCCAAGCUAACACUCCAUCACAAUUUGAGACUACAACUCAAAUUAUCGAAACGUCAUCAAGCGAGUUUACAACUCAAAUUAGUUUAACAUCAGUAACUGACGUUACUAUUCAAAAUGGACGUUCCUCAACUGGUGUUCUAACAACUCAAGAGACGAUCUCGCAUGAAUCUAUGACUCUCAAUAUUGACUCGUCACGAAUAACUGUAGGUGUAUAUAACUAUAAUUUAACAACAGUCCAACAACCAUCCACAACAACCAUUGCCGGAUCUAAGACAGUGACAGACUCAGUUGUCUCUAUGAGUUCAGUUUCAUACAAUGUGCAUUCGACCACAAAAUAUGUUGUUGAAAACACCUCUACCCUAUGCAUCUGCUACUGUUACGAAGAUGCUAACAAAUCAACUCUGGUGGAAUGGACAUCAGAUAUGAGGCGGAAUCUGCUGAUACCAAAAGAGACCUUAUCGUUACAAACACGCAAACUUUUCUCCGCCUCAGACCCGCGUUUUUCUUCGUAUAUAAUUGGUAUGACAGGGUUGUCCAUUUUGGUUUGUUUUGGAGUUCUUUUUCUUCUAUUUGAUGUUUCCAAACUGUUUGCAUACAUCUUUAAAAAACACGAAUCUUAA